UGCCGCCGCCCUCCCUCCGCCACGAUGCCGGGGAUCGACAAGCUGCCUAUCGAGGAGACGCUGGAGGACAGCCCGCAGACAAGGUCUUUACUGGGUGUAUUUGAAGAAGAUGCUGCAGCUAUUUCUAACUAUAUGAACCAGUUGUAUCAAGCUAUGCAUCGGAUUUAUGAUGCCCAGAAUGAAUUAAGUGCAGCAACACACCUGACUUCAAAACUUCUAAAAGAAUAUGAAAAACAGCGUUUUCCACUGGGAGGUGAUGAUGAAGUUAUGAGCUCUACUUUGCAACAGUUUUCAAAAGUUAUAGAUGAGCUUAGCUCUUGUCAUGCGGUACUUUCAACUCAGCUUGCUGAUGCCAUGAUGUUCCCCAUUACCCAGUUUAAAGAAAGAGAUCUGAAAGAAAUACUCACAUUGAAGGAAGUGUUUCAAAUUUCUAGUAAUGAUCAUGAUGCUGCCAUUAACAGAUACAGCCGAUUGUCAAAAAAGAGAGAAAAUGACAAGGUGAAGUAUGAAGUAACGGAAGAUGUGUAUACUUCCAGAAAACAACAACAUCAGACCAUGAUGCAUUAUUUUUGUGCAUUAAAUACUCUUCAAUACAAGAAGAAAAUAGCAUUAUUAGAACCGCUACUUGGGUACAUGCAAGCUCAGAUAAGUUUCUUUAAGAUGGGUUCAGAAAAUCUCCAUGAACAACUGGAAGAAUUUUUAACUAAUAUUGGAACAAGUGUACAGAAUGUUCGCAGGGAAAUGGACAGUGACAUAGAGACCAUGCAGCAGACCAUAGAGGAUUUAGAAGUAGCCAGUGACCCGUUAUAUGUGCCUGACCCAGACCCCACCAAAUUUCCUGUUAAUCGAAACUUAACUCGAAAGGCUGGAUACCUUAAUGCUAGAAAUAAAACAGGCUUGGUGUCAUCUUCCUGGGACAGACAGUUUUACUUCACGCAGGGUGGAAAUUUAAUGACUCAGGCCCGAGGAGAGGUAGCAGGAGGCUUGGCCAUGGACAUAGACAACUGUUCAGUGAUGGCUGUAGACUGUGAAGACAGGCGAUACUGUUUUCAGAUCACCUCUUUUGAUGGAAAAAAAUCUUCAAUUCUGCAAGCAGAGAGUAAAAAAGAUCAUGAAGAGUGGAUCUGUACAAUAAAUAACAUAUCUAAGCAAAUAUAUUUAAGUGAAAAUCCAGAGGAAAUUGCUGCACGAGUAAAUCAAUCAGCUUUGGAAGCGGUCACUCCUUCCCUGUCGUUCCAACAGAGACACGAGAGCCUACGACCAGCAGGACAAUCUCGGCCACCAACAGCACGAACCAGCAGUUCGGGAUCCUUAGGAUCUGAGUCCACAAGUUUGGCUGCUCUCUCUCUAGAUUCCCUUGUUGCCCCAGACACUCCAAUACAAUUUGACAUCAUUUCUCCUGUGUGUGAAGAUCAGCCUGGCCAGGUGAAAGCCUCUGGCCAGGGAGGCAGGCGUACAAAUCCAUUUGGAGAAUCUGGAGGAGGUAGAAAAUCUGAAGCUGAAGAUUCUAUUCUUCAUCAGUUAUUUAUUGUCCGGUUCCUUGGUUCUAUGGAGGUGAAAUCAGAUGACAAUCCAGAUGUUGUUUAUGAAACAAUGCGCCAGAUCUUAGCUGCUCGAGCCAUACAUAACAUCUUUCGUAUGACAGAAUCACAUUUAUUAGUCACUUGUGACUGUUUAAAGUUAAUUGAUCCACAGACACAAGUUACAAGACUCACGUUUCCAUUACCCAGUGUAGUUUUGUAUGCUACACACCAGGAAAAUAAGCGGCUUUUUGGAUUUGUGCUUCGGACAUCAGGAGGGAGAAGUGAGAGUAAUCUGUCAUCAGUCUGCUAUAUAUUUGAAUCUAACAAUGAGGGGGAGAAGAUUUGUGAUUCUGUUGGACUAGCAAAACAGAUAGCUUUGCAUGCUGAACUGGAUCAUAGGGCAUCAGAAAAACAAAAAGAAAUAGAGAGAGUAAAAGAGAAACAACAGAAAGAACUCAGUAAACAAAAACAAAUUGAAAAGGACUUAGAAGAACAAAGUCGGUUGAUAGCUGCUUCCAGUAGACCAAACCAAGCUGGUAGUGAAGGGCAGUUUGUUGUCCUGAGCAGUAGCCAGUCAGAGGAGAGUGAUUUGGGAGAAGAAGGAAAGAAGAGAGAGUCAGAAGCAUAAACUUAUCCUUGAUUUUUUGGUUGUUAAUUACUCUUCUCGUCCCCCUGGAAUUUAUUGACAAUUUCUGUGGUGAAAUGGCACAGGGUAACAACUAUGUUGAAAUAUCAAGGAGGAGACUAAGUUUUGUAUAUGCUUGUUGCUUUUAGCUUUAUUUUUAAAAAUAAGAUUGAACUUGUGAUUUAGGUUUGCAUUGCUUUUUUUUCUCUUAAAAUAACAUACUAUGCAGUAACAUGAAAUUCCACAUGUCUAAAAAGAAACCUGCUCAUCUCCCUGAAGUAGACUGCUGAGGUAUAAAUUGCUCAAGACUUUUUUCCUUCAAAUUGUGAACUUUUUAUCUUGCUUUGUAAUUCGCUAUCAACAUAAGAAGUCAUUUAUUCUUCUGCUUCAGAACUUUGUGGGUAUGCUUGUUUCAUUAAGAACAUUUUGUUGGCAGUGAGGAAUUUUUGGACUGAAUAGGUUUAAACCUUGUACGUAGAGAAUUCCAUAAGCUUCAAAUAUUUUAACAAUAGUAAAUGUGCAAUAGAACUUAUAUCAAAUGAUUAGAGAUUUUAGACUUAAGGUUUCAAAUUGUGACAGGUAAUACUGUUGAUUUAAGGGCACUUGGAUUGUGGGAAAGAAGCUUAAGUAUCUUCAGAUCAAGAUGGAUACGGCCCUUGGCAUUUUGUUAUCACAUUCUUAGUUCUCAGGAUGGGACUUGAAUUAUUGCUGCAGAGCAGUAAUGGUGAAAAUAAGAUUUUGGGAUUUAUUAAAAGGGAUCUUUUUAUUUUUUCAGAUACAUUUUAGAUUAGGA